CCCAACUUCCCAUCCCCACCGCGGCCGCCAAUAAAAACAAGCCGCAGCAGCUGCAGCGACGACGACCCACCCUAUCGCUCUAGCUACGGCCGGGCAGGGCAGGUCGACAUGCAUGCACUUGCACCGCAGCUCUAGCUCAGCUAGCACUCUUAUUAGCUAGUGGUGGAUUGCUGCGAGCAUGGCGGCGUAUUCAGCUAGCGGCGGCGGCCGCUCGUCACCGCCACCUGCCGCCGCGGCUCCUCGGGCGGUGGUGGACAACCUGAUCGACCUGCGUGAGCGAGCGGAGAUGCUACGGAACAUGCUGCAGGGGUCGCCCACGCCGCCGGGAACGCCCGCCGACGCCGCUCCAGCUGGGACCAGCGAUCUGAUAGACGGGAUCAUGAGCAGCCUGUCGAGCGCGCUGUCGGCAGCCCUCGACACCACCGCCGCCGGCGGCCGUGGACAGGGCCGGAGGAGGAGGAGAGCUGGCGCGGCGACCGGGUCUGGACCGCAGCGCCGGAGCAGCACCACCAGGAGAAGAUCGCACAGCCCCUUCUUGAGGACAGUCACUACAAAAACUCUCGAUGAUGGCAACUCAUGGAGAAAGUACGGCCAAAAACAUAUUCAAGACUCACCUAAUAACCCAAGGAGCUACUACAGGUGCACACACAAGCCAGACCAAGGGUGCAGGGCGACGAGGCAGGUCCAGGCCUCCGAUGACAACCCGUCCGAGUUCGUCAUCAGCUACUACGGCCAGCACACCUGCCGGGACCCCUCCACGAUCCCGCUCGUCAUCGAGGCCGCCGCCGCUCCGCCCGACGACUGCGCAAACCUCAUCAGCUUCGGGUCGUCGUCCAUCACUGCUACUGCUACUACCCUGGGCCUGGGCGGCGCAUCCACGCUCGCCGCCGUUGUUCCUCCCCAACAACCCCAAGCCGUUCCUUCGGAUCCGACGACGACGACGAUGUUCAUAUCUGGCAUGGUCGGGUACAGCUCCUCCUCUCUGCCGGCGGCGCAGCUGCAGGACUACUACCGCUGCGGCAGCGAGGAGGCGCACAGGCACAGCAGUAUUAGCUCACCGCCGGCCGCGGUGGGAUCAGCUGCAGCUGGAAUAAUAAUGACCUCGUCGGCCACCGUGGGGUCGGCACCGGCCGAGUACUGGCCAGGAGGAGGAGGGACCCUCGGCGACAUGGCUUGUGGUGGUGGCCAUGGCGCCGCAGGCAGCUUCCCGUCGUCUCCUAGCAGCCUCGGGCUCUUGACGGGCUCGUUUGGAUCCUUUGGGGAUGACGACAUGUUUGGCUUCGAUCCCUGACAAUGGCUGAUGCAUGCAUGCAUGGCUAAUGACGCAAGUUUGCAGUUUUGCAUGCAUGCACUAGUUGCACAACUAAGCUAGCUAGUAGCAGCAGUGUUGAUUAAUACCUACAAUAAAGCAGGCUAGCUCUAUUAUUCA